AUGCGACGACGCUUAGUCGCCAUACCAUUACUCAUAUUGGCUGUUACUUUUCAAACAGAAGCCGUCAAGAUUAUAGAUAACGGUCUUGCGCCGCCCGAAAUUGUUCAUACGCCGGUGUCAACGAAACCCAGAUGCAAAGUUUUCGCACCACCUCUCGAUUUGAUUUUUAUCUUGGAUUCUUCUGGAUCCUUGAGAGACAAGUUUCAGGAUGAAAUCGACAUUAUCAGAAGAAUUCUGAAGCAUGUGACGAUUGGAAAAACUGCAACUAGGGUUAUGUUGAUUCAGUUCAGUGGAACGCAACACUUGGAAUUCAAUUUCGAAAAAUUCACUGAUCGAGAAGAGUUGCUUGCGGCGUUGGACGUUCUUCGUCAUGUUUCCGGAAUUACGAGAAUCGGUGGGGCCUUUGAAUUCGCGCUUCAGCAAUUGAAGACUCCUGGAAGUGGUCUUCGUGAUGGAACUGUACCAAAAAUCGUCUAUCUUCUGUCCGACGGUCGUACUCAUGACUAUCCAAAGGAUUGGCAAAUGUCUGAUGUCUUGAGAAGAGAAAUCCCAAAUAUUGACAUCUGGGCUUACGGUACUGGCGACUAUGUGGCAAUGGCAGCCUUGGCUAAUUAUACUCAAUCGGAGCAGAAAAUUGUGACAAAUCAGAAUUUGCAAAAGCUGGAACCUCAAUUUGAAAAGUAUCAUGGAACGGAGAUUUGUGAGCAGCAGCCGACUUGUGUGAAAGGAUCAGACAAACCAUUGGACCUUGCUCUUGUGGUUGACGCUUCGGAGUCCUUGGAUCAUCUUUUCAGCGAUCAGAAAAAAUUCCUGGUCGAUCGAGUUUUGGGAAACAUUAACAUCCAUCCAGAAGCCGUCCGUGUUGCAUUGAUAACCUACUCUGGACAAGCAUUCGUUCAUUUUAAAUUCAAUUCGUUCUUGUAUGGAAAUAACACUUCAGUACAGGGAUUCGUAAAGAAUAUUCGAUCAAUCAAAGGAACAACAGCUACAAAUGUGGCAUUGAUGGAUGCAUUUGAUCUUCUGACUUCAAAAGAUCCAUCGACUGGAAUUAGAGAAGGUGUGCCGAAAAUGGCAUUGGUUCUUACUGAUGGACAUUCUCAUAGAUCUCCUAAAGACAUGGCUGAAAAAAUGCGUGCAGCCGGAAUCAUAAUGAUUGCCGUAAGUGUCACUCCUCGUCCAUUGGUGGAUGAAGCUGAACUUCGAUUGAUUGCUGGAUCCGAGAAACGUGCAUUCACACCACCGAACCUUCAUGAAUUUGAAAGUGAAUUCAUGAAAUACGUUGGUUUUGGAUGCGAUGGAAUCGAGUUGCCUCCAGAUGCAAAACCUCAAGUUAGAGGAGCCACUGAUGUGAAAUGUACGGAACAUUCGAUGAGCAUUGUGGUCCGGACUCAAAGAGCACUUCAAGGACUGAUGUAUGCUCAUAUGUAUCAUGAUGAGCCAGAGUGUAUGAUGAAGAAGACCGAUAAUAACAGAGAGAUUCAAAUGACUUUUAUGGAGGGAAAAUGUGGUCUGGUGAAGACACCAUCAGCGGAUGGUCGUGGCUACCAUUUCAACAUCACCGUAAUCCUCCAAUUCCAUCCUCUAAUCAUCACAAGAGCCGAUCAAGGUCUCGAUAUGUCCUGCUUCGUUCCAUCGGCAGUUCCACGUCAAGAACUCGAUCAAGCUAUCCUCAAAAAUGCCGCAGACACACAAUGCAACUACAGACUUCAUAGGUACAGUAAGAUUUCUCAUGAAUAUCUGAAAGGGAUCAUUUUCAGAUACAGUCCUGGACAAUGCGUGGCGCUGGAUGCCAAGGUUGGAGAGACACUGUACCAUCGUUGGGAAUGCGAUAGCCCACCAGAAUACAACUACUUGGUCCACGAUUGUUUCGUGCAGUCCGAAAAGCAUACACAACAGAUUUUGGAUUCUAAUGGAUGCGAAGUCGAUCAGCACUUCCUGGAAACCCCCAACUAUUCUCGCUUCAAGGACUAUCCAGAUGACGCCUACGUAUUCCAGGAGAUGUCGGUUUUCAAAUUCCCUGGAGAUGGAGAUCUCAUCUUCCAUUGCCGAAUUUCGCUGUGCAAUAUGAAGGACCCGAAUGCGCCGUGCAACCAGAGUAUUCCUCCAAAAUGUCCCAAGAAGGUGCCAGUCCUGCCGGUCCGUCAAAAACGAGAUGUCUCUGCUGAGCAAUGGAUGUCAGCCGAAUGGAGAUCUAAACAAAUCAGAAAGAGACAAAUCGAGCUGAAAAAUCGAUCCAGAAGACAGAUUGUGGAGACCAAACAGGGCUAUUAUAUGACUCUUCAAGUCGAGACGAGAACUUUGAACGUGCUCCUGAGUGAGAGCAUUCGCCCGAGAGACUCUGUCAAGUACUGUGAUAUCUCCUAA